ACACACACACACACACACACACACACACACACACACACACAGAGGGUCAUCAUGAUGGCGUCAGAGUGUGUAGUGAGCAGUAACAUUUCAGAGAUUGAGCUCAGAAGAAAAUUAAAAUAUUUCUUUUUGAGUCCGUGUGAGAAAUAUCGCACUCGAGGACGGAAACCAUGGAAACUGUUUUUACAGAUCAUCAAGAUCACCAUCAUCACCAUCCAGUUGGUGUGGUUUGGACUUAGUAAUGAAAUGAGCGUUAUCUUCAGAGAGGAAAACUUCACUUCCUUUAAACACCUUUUCCUGAAAAAUUACAAGGAGCAAAAAGGCAUUUAUGCAGUUUACAUGAAACAGGAAGUGCAUGAACACAUCAACUUUAUCAUCAUGAGGUACCUAAGUCUGAGGAACGUGACCGUGGGAAAUCAGGCGUUUCAGAAAGUCAACAGCACUGACAUGCCCCUCGCGCUUUGCCAGAGGUUUUACCCUCAUGUAAAAAUCUCACCUGAAAAUGAGACCUUCAGGAUGAGUCCAGAUGUGCAGACAGAGUGUGUUUACAUUCAUUCCACAACGCCCUUCAACAUCACAGACUAUUCUGUGGAUUUUAAGAGGACUUUGUCUUUAACUCCUCACAGACUUUUAGCUCUGGAUGUUCACAUGAAUAUUAAGGCCAUUAAUCUGCAGACUGUUCGCCAUGAUGAACUGCCCGACUGCUACAAUUUUGGUGUAACGGUGGUGUUUGAUAACCGUGCUCACAGCGGUCAGAUUAAAGUGCUCCUCCACAGCAGUGUUCACGUCAGUGUGUGUUCACAUGAGAAGGUCUCUGGAUCCAAUGCAGUGAGUCACUUCCUGUUGAUGGUGCUGUUUGAUUCGCUGGUCAUCGGAGUGUGUUUGCUGUCUCUGGUCCUCUGCACGCGCUCAGUUAGCGCUGGCAUGCGCCUCAUCACCGUGAGUCAUGACCUCAUUGUAAACAUUUUAUAUCACAGAAUUGAAUCUCACCACGAGCUCGACUGUACAGUCAGGGGAACGAGGAGGUGACAGGCUGCUGGCUUGGUUUUGCUGAACAUCUCUUUGAACUUCAGCUUUUCAGAACCACGGCACCUUUACACUGGAACCUGGAUGUAGAUGCUAAUACCUUUAAACAAUAAUCUCCCUUCUUGUCUUUAGAAAGACGUAGGAUUAUAUCUUUAUCCUGAAGAUUUAAAAGUUUAACCAGUAUCAGCCUGGGACCAGUAGCAGUCUGGUGAACUCUCUCGGCAGCAGGAGGAACUGGGACAUGAAACACAGCCCUCAGAGGAUCUGUAAUGUGUUUCUCUUCCAUCCUUAUCUGUACAAACUGCUGCUCCUGCUGCUUCACAAGGCAACGUAACACAACCACAGGAAAUCUAUUCUCUUCUCCUCAUGUGACAUCACAGAUGCCCAUGAUAGGCCAGUGCUGCUGUGAUUGACAGGGCCGAGAGAUGAUGCUCCUCCCACACAGACAGUGUGUAGGAGUCUGAGCGUUCCAGGAGAUCCAGCAUCCAGUUCAUCUGACAGUAAACUCCACUGUUGUGUUUUACAGAAUGACUUACAUUAAUAUAAGGAACACAGAAUGACUUACAUUAAUAUAAGGAACACAGAAUGACUUACAUUAAUAUAAGGAACACAGAAUGACUUACAUUAAUAUAAGGAACACAGAAUGACUUACAUUAAUAUAAGGAACACAGAAUGACUUACAUUAAUAUAAGGAACACAGAAUGACUUACAUUUAUAUAAGGAACACAGAAUGCUUCACUCAGACAGAUAGAACAGUGGAAUAUCAGUGUUCUCAUUAGAACCUAACAGAUAUGCAACAGAACCGUCAUAUGGGGAACAAUCACUUAGGUACAGUUACUAAGUGACAGAUAAAUAAGUGUAUUAAACGGCUGUAAGUGAUGAGUGUGUGUUCAUUAGGAGUACGCCGCCUUCCUUAGUGUUAAACGGGGAAAGGCGAUUUCAUCAGCAGAGAGAAUGGAGUUCAUUAAUGGGUGGAACAUCUUAAUCAUCAUCAGUGACAUACUCACAGUUACAGCAUCAUUACUGAAGAUCUGCAUACU